AUGAGUUCAUCCCAAUCAAUAACAUUACACGACCCAUUCGGAGUUAACUUUCCAUAUCCAUAUUUUGUUAUUACUUUCAUCAAUUGUCAACGCCCAUCAGGACCAUCACAGCAAUAUCAAACAUUUGACCAAAGUCCGGAUCACCAGUCGCGACGGGAAUGUAUGCUCGUACCAGGACUUCGUGUUCAUUUUGGGUUUGUAUCAACCGAUGCACACGAGCGAUUACUAUACAAUACAGUUCGAUAUCAAAUACAACAAAUUAUUCAAGCAUACCUUCGACAUACUCGACUUCCAAAUCCAAACUCCCUGAUUCUGAAUGCAGCAAGUUCAAUUAGUGCAAAUGAUUUGCAAAUCAUAGCAGUAUUAAUGCAUCAUAUAGCUGCGCUCCGUAUGCAAAAACACAUCACUCAUCUCUAUCUACGAGCUGGGAUCGGCAAACUAAGUGAUCCUAAUUCAGAUCUGCUCGAAAUUGACCGGCGAGUUUGGCGAACACAAGUCAAAUCAGUCAUGCUAGCAAAACGUGCACAAUCCAAGAUUACUACAGCCAUGGAAAUAACUGAAGAUAGUGAGCAGCUCGAUUAUGAAAAUCUUGUCAAUGAACGUUUGCAAGAAAUCACCCACAAAUUUCAACUGUACAAUAAAUAUCUGAAUGACAAGAAAAAUCAAUUGAUUGGAUAUACAUCAACUGUGGAAGAAGCCAUUGUUCGACAUGUCCAAAACUACGGUAUUAUUCCACUUCAAAUGAAAAGUGAUCUUAAAAUAGCUUUACUAAAACAUGAUUAUAAUGCUAUUAUACUUCAAAGAAAAUACGAACAAGGAAAACCAAAUGAGUAUCAAUUCGAAAUUGCCGAGCGACUAUGUGCAGCAAAGUAUGAACUUGAAAAAUCGAAGCGUGAAUUGAUGGAAUUAAAACAGAAAGUCUUCUAUCAAAAACUACCUGCUUUCAUCAAAGAUAUCGAUCCAUCACUAUCGUUCACUAUUGAUCCUACAACAACUUCGAACUCACAUUUAUCAUUCAACGAUAAACAUGAAAAACUAUUUCAACGAAAGCAGCUUGAUAUACUUGCUCCACACAUAGCAAAAGCUGAAACGAAAUAUUACCAAGCUGACAACAACUUCGAUUCAGAAUAUAUGAAAAUGCUCAAUAAUCAUCGGAAUCUUGUACGGAACAAAGGAAUGACUACAGCAUUAAGUAGCGUAUUAGAACACCGUCUUGCCACUAUUACUGAUCGGUUUCGAGAUAUUUAUUAUUAUCGAAUUAACUUCUUUCUUCGAAGUUCUUAUGGAGAUUUGGACAAUAUGUACACUCCAACCAAAACUAAACACAAUGUCAAUAUCAACGGAUCCUUAUCAAAUCUAAUCAGUGAUACUAAACAUCUAUUAAAUCAAAAACAGAUACAACUACUUAGUCGCGGACCAACUUAUGUUCCACCAUGCCAAUCUCGACUUCCGUCUUCAUCAAAAUCGAUCACACGAACAGAUAUUGUGAAGAAACAAUAUGCACCAUUGAAACAUCAACUGGCUAGUCUCUUCUCAAAACAUCGUCUACAAAUUGCUUUAUCAUGGGGCAUUCAUAGAGAUAUCCAUCAAAAGUUUAUUGAUCUCUUUGACAUUCCAGUGCCGCAUCAUGUUCAACAACGCGCCAUCGACGAAAUGGCAUUAGUUCGAUCGAUACAAUCUACUUUGAAAAGCGAUAAUCUCAUUCUACGACGAACAGCUGACAAUCAGAAUACAUUUUACUUAACAAGCAAUCAUGAUUUUCACGCGAAAGUAAACGAAAUUCUUUCGCAAUCAUCAGAUAUAUAUGAAUUCAUUGUUACUAUCGGCAAAAAAAGUACCGAAGAAGGAGACGAUGACGACGACGAUGACGACGAUCAAAAACAAUUGCCAAAAGAUUCUCAAUAUUUAUUGAGAGAACGAAUCGAAGCAAUCAAUUUUGCACUAGAAACCUUGAAAAAACGGAAAGCAUUGCCAGAUGCUGUGAUCAACAAAUUAUUUAUUGACCUAAACAAAGUCAAGUUUCCAUAUUUGUAUUUUUUACCUGAUGUUUCCAAAGGCAACGAACUAACACUUGCACCGACGAUAAUAGCGCAUCAAAGCAUGACAUCGAAUAUUGCUAGAUACGUUGAUAAAUUGAUUCGACCAUUUGCCGAUGAAAAAGUGAAACAUUUAACAUUUUCCAAUGAAGCUGAUUUCAUGAAAAAGCUAAUGUAUUAUGCGUAUGAACAACAUCGUUUAAAACCAACGACUCUCUUUUGUACAAUACAGAUUACUAACUUCUACUCACUGGAUACACAUGAAACAAUGAUUGAGACAAUUACUUCUUUUCUUCGGGACAAAUCAGCAUACAAUACGAUUAACAAAGUAUCAGUUAAUACAAUCAGAAAUCUUUUACAGCUAUUUCUUUACCAAAACCUAUUUACACAUCGAAAUAAGAUCUAUGUGAUAAAAAAGGGUAGUCCAAACACAAUGUCACUGAGUCAAACAUUGGCUAACAUCUACUUAUAUGAUUGGCAACAGAGUAUAUUGAAUCAAUUCGAAUAUAAUCAAGAGUUAUUCGGCCGGUGA